AUGGGCGUCCAGUCAUUGCUUGCCUUGGCCGGAGCAACAGCCAUUGCAUCAUACCUUAAACUAUCUGGCGCUUCGUCUGUUGCAAUUCUACUGAGUCUGCUCGGAACUCUGAUCACUGAGCUGGCUCUAUGUCUGGCUUUCUCAAGCCUAGUCUACCGAUGGUUCCUUUCACCGACGAAGGACCUUCCUCAUCCCAAAGAUACCCCCUUCUUACUGGGAAACCUGAUUCCAUUCCUCAGUGAACCAUGGGGAAUGCCGCUGGCGCGUUGGCAACUGACGGUGCCGCCCACCGCCAGCGGCUUCUACCGUGUCUUCCUGGGCCCAUUCGACUAUCUGAUUCCCAAGUCCUCGCAAGCAGUGAGUACCAUCAUGAGUCAGCCGUAUCUGUACCACAAACCGGCUGCCGUUCGUGAUGGUCUUGUCGAGAGCCUCGGAGUUGGCCUUGUAGCUGCCGAAGGAUCUGUUCAUAAAAAGCAAAAGAAACUCCUAACUCCUAUUUUUGGUAUGAGUCGCAAUAGGCGCCUUGUUCCACAGAUGUGGACAAAGGCUCUGACCCUGGCCACCAAAAUACAAGAGCUUGUUGCCGAAACUGGCUCAAAAUCGGCUGUGCUCAACAUGCAUCCGUUAACUAUGGCCGCUACGCUCGAUGUCAUUGGCGUAACAACUCUCGGCGUCGACUUUGACUCUGUGACGCGUCCCGAUCAGCCCAUCUUGCAAGCAUAUCAGCGUGUCUUUCCAUCCUUUGAGAAUCAAAGUGCGGUGGAAAAAUUCUUUGGGGCGACUCUCCCCGCCAUAAUCUCGCCUCAUCUGCUCUUCAAGCUGCCGUUCAAGCCCAUCCGGGAAUUCCAUCAGGGUAUGACUGCCCUACAAGAUUUCUGCUUGACUCAAAUUCGGCAGAAAAGACAGCAGAUUGAGGAGGCUGAAGAUGGCAGCGACGAGAUACGAGAAAAAGAUAUUCUUUCAGCCAUCAUUGCAGCCGGACUGGAAGAUGAAAGUGAGAUCCUCAGUCACAUCCUGACGGUCUUGGCCGCCGGGCACGAGUCUACAGCGAUAACGUUGGCAUGGGCGAUUUUUAAACUUGCACAGCACCCAGAUGUCCAGGACAAGCUCCGCGCGGAAGUCUUCGCUGCCACCAGGAGCGCCAAUCCAGAGGGGUUGACUCUGGAGAACAUCAGCUCCAUGAAAUACCUGCGAUGCUUUCUGAUGGAGGUCCUUAGACUUUACCCAGCGUUCCCUGCCAUGAUGCGUGAAGCAGCCCACGACACCAGGGUCGGUGAUCUCCUGAUACCCAAGGGCAAGCAGAUUAUGGUCAGUCCAUAUGCUGUCAAUCGGUCACAGGAACUAUGGGGAGAUGAUGCAGACGAGUUCAAAGUCGAGCGGUGGGAGGACUCAUACAGUGGUGGAGCCAAGACUUCUCAGGCAUUUCUGACUUUUUCAAGCGGGCCACGCGUCUGCAUCGGUAAAGACUUUGCCACGCUGAGCCUCAAAGUCUUCUUGACAGUUUUGGUUUCAAAGCUCAAAUUUGAAGAGGCCAUUCCUGGCUGGCAUCCUGUGAUUCAAAAAGGAACGAGUCUCAAGCCUCAGGGAUUGAAGGUCAAAGUGUCACUACUCUGA